AUGAACGACGAUAAUGAAAUACCUUCUAUAUAUAGUAAAAAUCGAACAACGAAUAAUGUUCCAUUAUUUACUUGUGCAGUCAAAUUAGACAAAAAUGAUUAUGAAAGAAAAAUACAUUUGGAACGAACAUUUCGUCAAAUAAUUGAUGAUAUACGUUCUAAACAAAUAAAUAUUCCACCUGAAGCUCAAAAUGAUUUAACAUUAAAAACUACUCCACUUGAAUAUUAUGAUACAUUUUUUAUUGAUCGAAAUGGUGAUGAAUUAUUAUCAUUUAAUGUUGGUGCAUUACAACAAGGUUGGAUUAUACCUGAAUAUGAACAAGUCUAUCGUCUAGCUUUACCUGAUAGUGAACAACAUGCAUCAUUACAACGUGCACGUCGACCUAAACCAUCAUGUUUUAAUUGUGGUGCAUUAGAUCAUAAUGUUCAAGGAUGUUCUAUGAAAUUAGAUAGUGAUCGUAUACGUCGUAGUCGUGAACAAUAUCAAGAACAAAUGGCUGAAGCAUGUGGUUAUAAUGAUUUAUCACAAAUUAAUGGAAAUAUUAAUGAACCAACAAGUCGUUAUCAUGAAGAUUCUUAUCAAUCAAGUUUAAAUGAUCAAAUAAUAAUUGAAGAACGUUUUCGACGUUUUCAACCAGGUUAUAUUGGUUAUGAAUUACGACAAGCAUUAGGACUUCGAGAUAAUCAAAUACCAAUGUAUAUAUAUAAUAUGCGUCGAUGUGGUUAUCCACCUGGAUGGUUACGUGAAGCACGUGUUAAAAAAUCUGGCUUACAAGUUUUUCAUGAUAAUGAAGAAGGUGAAAUAAUUGAAACAAAAAAAUCUGAACCAAUUGAUCCAACUGGACAAGAUAAUGUCUUUCCUGGUGCAUUAUUAGAUGAUAAUAUACAAACACAAGCUGAUUUAAAUAAUGAAGAUAGUUAUGAAUAUGAUUUUGAUAAAGUUGUUUCAUAUCCUGGUUUUAAUGUACAAAUACCAGAUGGUUUUAUUGAUGAAGCUUAUACAUGUUUAAAUUUACCAACAUUUGAUAAACAACAAAGUAAAGAAAAUCUUAUUGAAGAAAUGUAUCUUUUAAAAAAACCUUCACUUAAACGUAAAUCAACACUUGAAACAUAUAAACCAACACCAAUUGAAGAACUUAAUACAACAAAACAAACAAAAAUAUCAAUUAUAAAUGAAACAAAUUCAUCAAUAAUAUCAAAUGAUCAAAAUCAAUUAUCAACAAAUUAUGAACAAAAAAGUCUUGGACAAGUUUAUGGUACACCAUUAUGGAUGUUUAGUAGUACACCAAAAUUACAUGUACCACAACAAUUACCAAGUCGUGAUCAAUUUCAACAAGGCAUAUGUGAUCAUUUACCAUUUGAAAAUUUACCUUCAUAUCAAACAGAAAAAGUUGGACGUAUUUUUGAUCUCCUCAAAGAUGUACAAAAACGACUUGAAAGUCUUAAUAAUGAUCCUUCAUCUGUAACAAAAAUUGAAAAUUCUAACAAUGAUAAUAAUAUGCAAAUGUCUCCAGAACAUACACCAGAAUCUUAA